UCUCCCUUUUUCUCGUUACUCUGCACAAAAUAAAAAUCAGUAGCACGCGUGUGGGACGGGGAAAAAGAACGAAUGGCCACAGCUCUCUCUCUCAACAACGGCUACAUCCUCCGCGGGAACCGCGUCGCCGCCGCUGCGAAUCUCCUCGCCCCGUGGCGGCGGAGGCCGCGGUGGUCUCCGCCGCCCCUCCCCGCGGCGGGGUCGAAGGCCGACGACUCCUCGGCGCCCUUCGAGAUGUCCGUGGAGAGCGCCCUGAAGCUUCUAGGGGUUUCCGAGGGCGCCUCCUUCGACGACAUCCUCCGAGCCAAGAACGCCACCAUCGCCUCCUGCAAGGACGAUCCCGAAGCAGUAGCCCAGGUCGAGGCUGCAUAUGAUAUGCUGCUUAUGCAGAGUCUAUCACAACGCAGGUCUGGCAAAGUUGCAAAUAGUAGCAUCCGUUAUGCUGAUGUUAAACCCGUAAGAAGUGCGGGUACUGGUCCAAUGCCACAGUGGGUACAGUCAACUAUGAAGAAUAUUCCAGUCUCAAUUGAACCUCCAUCUCCAAGCAAUUUGGCAGUUCAGGCUGGUGUCUAUGGGGCAAUGAUGGUAUUCACUUUUGCUAGUGGAACCUCCGCAAAUAUCCCAGCGACGUAUAGUGGAGCUGACGUUCCUGGAGUAGUAUUGGCUACUGGAUUUGGUGCUUCCUUAUACUUUUUGACAAAGAAGAACAUUUCUCUAGGGAAGGCAGCAGUGAUCACUGUUGGCGGACUUGUGGUGGGUGCGGUGGUCGGAUCUGCAGUGGAGAACUGGUUACAGGUGGAUAUCGUCCCCUUUUUUGGUAUCCAUUCACCAGCGGUGAUCGUAAGCGAAUUCAUUCUGUUCUCACAGUUGUUAGUAUCACUGUAUUUGAGGUAGGUGUGAUUUAUGAGUGUGUUGUACCUAACUUUCGUGUAAUUAGUCCUGCCGAACUGUUCUUGAUUUUUGAGCACUAUGCACAGAUCCUUCAACUGUAACAACAUGGGCACCCUAGUUGUGUAUAGAAAAUCAGUAAUCAGCAAUCAACAUUAUUCUCUUUUUAGUGUUC